GACGGGGUUUCGCAAGGUGUGUCCUCAAGGUCGAACAUCUCAGCGCCGUAAGCCAACGCUCUCAGUACCAAUCUUAACGCGAACGUCGUCCGAGUGGUCGAUAUGAGGAUCGCUAUUGUGAUAUUGUUUUGCGUCUGCGCGGUGAACGCACAGCAAUCGUAUUCAGAACAAUUGGCAGCUGGCGAAGAGAAUUUCGACAAUAAUGGAGAAUUUGCUUUCGAUGAAGUAGUCGGUAUCGGUGAAGGUGGCGGUUACACUCCGGGUAUUGAAUCAAACGAAGCUGCGAGGAACUAUGAUGAAGAUAGUGAAGUGAUAACUGGUGUGACCGACUCCGGUAGUAGCAUUGGUAAUAUAGAUAUUACCAGACAAUCUUACGUUCAAGCGCCCGAUCAAUACGAAUCACAGUCCGCUCCAAAAGCGUUUAACAUGAGAUGUGUGGAGAAGAAUGAACGCUACCCGGUACCAGGAAGCUGUGAUAGAUACAUCGAAUGUCUGAACGGUACUGCGGAGGAGAAGUUAUGUCCGGAUGGUCUGCGUUUCAACCCUAACGUGAGAUUCAACGUGUACCCUUGCCAGUAUCCAACCGAUGUGCCCUGUCUGGCGCGUUCCACUCUACAGCCAGCUCAGCCAACCGACAACUGUCCCCAUCAGUUCGGUUACUUUAAGAUCGGCGAUGCUAAGAACUGCAGCAGCUUCAGGAACUGCGUGAAUGGAGUGGGAUACGACUUCACCUGCCCUGAGGGUCUUGCCUUCAGCUCUGAUACCUACAGAUGCGAGUGGCCCGACCAGGUCACCGAUUGUGAUGCUGAAGCCUUCCUCGGCUUCAAGUGUCCAGAGGUGCCAAUCUCUAAGGAGUUAGGACCCCCUGCGGGUUAUAAGUUCUACAGGUCCGUAGGUGACUGUCAGAAAUAUUUCCUAUGUAUCGAGGGCAAGCCACGCGGUCUCAGCUGCGGCGGCUACUCCGCCUUCGACGAGGUGACUGGAUCAUGUGUCGCCGCUGACGACAUCGAAGCUUGCCCUGCGGAAUUAAAAAGUGCUUCUGCCCGUUCAAGACUCGCCGAAGAACAACGACGCAUUGUUGAAGAAGAACUCGCCAAGAAGUGGGCUAAAGGACAACCUAUCAUCAGUACAGUUGGCCCCUCGAAGUAUUACACGACCGCACAACCUAAAUUCGAACGUCUGUUUAGUACAGUCACACCGGAGUUAUACGCAGAGUAUGUGACACCGACAGGCGUCGAACCUCUAGACAAUGAGGAAAAUUUCUAAGUCCAAUUUAAAUAUUAACUUCAUGCCAACUGCUCAGUGAUACUUUGUCUAGUGUAGUUUAAUGUUAUUUUAUAAUGUAACCAUCAGAAUGUUAAUAUAAAUUUUAUAGUUAAAAA